GGCUGUAGUUUGAUAAUGAAUUUACAUUAUUUUUCUCCAUAUACUAUUUUGCAGAUAAAUACUACUAUAUACGAUGGGGUAAAUACAUGCAUUGAAGGCGGAAAUUGCACUGCAACUGAGAACAAACUCUUCAGAGACUUUAGGUUGGAAUUCUUAAAUGCUUUGCCCAAAGGAAAUAAUCCUAAAUUAAGAGGAGCUUUCAUUGACGCACGCAAUCAUCAUACCCAAGUCCAAGGAUGGUGGUCUCCUAAAAAUGUCACCACCGUUAAAAAUUUGAAUCUAAUGAAGGCAUUUGGUGAUUGGUACUAUGAUCGGAACUACACCUAUGUGAUAGAUGAGCGUGACUUGCCAAUCUCGGCUAUGAAUGAUGUUAAACCUUGCGACUCCAAGAAGUGACGAUGUGCAGUGUUUAAUUAAAAUCUAUAAUUAUGUCAAUGCAUGUAAUUUUAGUGACCUGAUGUAUGAGUUGAUUUGUUGCUAAUAUAAAUCAAUAAAGUGUUUAAUUGUGGUUUAAUUCA